CAAUGCUGUGGCCGGUCUGGGGGCGGAUCUUGGGGCGCGGGCGGGCGCGCUGGCCGAGGCCCGGAAGCGGACGGAGGCGGCCCGGGUCCCCGCCGUCUAUCUGCCAUGAACGAGGCCGACCGGCAGCUCCUGCGGCGGAGCCGGCUGAGGCUGGUCCGCGAGCUGCAGGUGGACUCGCUCUGGGACGCUCUGCUAACCCGCGAGCUCUUCACGCCCGACAUGAUCGAGGACAUCCAGCGCUCUGGAUCUCGGCGCGAUCAGGCCAGGCAGCUGAUCAUAGAUCUAGAGACUCGAGGGAGUCAAGCCCUGCUUUUGUUCAUCUCCUGCUUAGAGGACACAGGCCAGGACACACUGGCUUCAUUCCUGAGAACGAGUAGCCAAGCCGCCAAGCAGAAUCCAGAGGCCAUCAGACCCUCGGACCUCCCACCUGUGGUGCUCGGACCAGUGGGCCUCAAACCAGAGGAGCUGACAGCAGUGAAGCAGGACCCAUCGAAGCUGACUCCAGGAAAACUCACUCCAGUGGUGCUGGGGCCCGAGGAGCUCUGGCUGGCCAAGCUCAGGCCAGAGGUUCUCAGACCAGAGGUGCCCAGGCCAGUGGACAUUGGUUCUGGAGGAUUCAGUGAUGUCCGUGCUCAGGACAGAUUGAGGGGAAACGCCGAUUUGGCGUACGUCCUGAACGCGGACCCCUGUGGCCACUGCCUCAUCAUCAACAACGUGAACUUCUACCUGGCGUCGGGGCUCGGCAGGCGCGUCGGCUCCGACAUUGACUGCGAGAAGCUGCGGCAGCGCUUCAGCCUGCUGCAUUUCAUGGUGGAGGUGAAGGGCGACCUGACCGCCAAGCAAAUGCUCCGGGCCUUGGGGGAGCUGGCACGGCGCGACCAUGGUGCUCUAGACUGCUGCGUGGUGGUCAUCCUCUCUCACGGCUGUCAGGCCAGCCACCUCCAGUUCCCGGGGGCUGUUUAUGGCACAGACGGAUGUCCUGUGUCCAUCGAGAGCAUCGUGAACAUCUUCAAUGGAACUGGCUGCCCCAGCUUGGGAGGGAAGCCCAAGCUGUUUUUCAUCCAGGCCUGCGGUGGGGAGCAGAAAGACCCUGGGUGUAAGGUGGACUCCACCUCCCCUGAAGACAGGACCCCUGGCAGUGACUCUGAGCCAGAUGCUGUCCCGUUCCAGGAAGGCCCAGGCACCUUCGACCAGCCGGAUGCUGUGUCCAGUUUGCCCACACCCAGUGACAUCUUUGUGUCCUACUCCACCUUCCCAGGCUUUGUCUCCUGGCGGGAUCCCAAGAGCGGCUCCUGGUACGUCGAGACCCUGGAUGGUGUGUUUGAGCAGUGGGCUCACUCUGAAGACCUGCAGACCCUCCUGCUCAGGGUAGCUCACGCUGUUUCGGAGAAAGGAGUUUACAAACAGAUUCCUGGUUGUUUUAAUUUCCUCCGGAAAAAAUUUUUCUUUAAAACUUACUGAGGCCAGAGCCCCUCACCCUGCCUUCUCUUUACCCCCAAACUUUCCUGCUCCAGGCCCGGCGGCGGCUGAGGCCUGGGCCUUUCUCCAACCACAGCUGCCACGUUUGGCGGCCUGUAGAGAGUCUUGUUUCCCCACCGGCGGCAGACAGGCUCUUACGAGCUUCCCAAUUGGAGACACAUGACCGGCGCUGGAGGAAGAGGAAGCAGAAGCACGCCAGGGUCAUCAUGCCGCUCUCCACCAGCGCCUGGUUCUUGGCUAAUAACCGUGGUCUGUGACCCCUGUUUUCUCUGGGGCAGGGCUUCUAAGCCUCGGCAUAGUGAUCUUUGGGGCCAGGUCAUUCUUUGUUGUGGGGCCUUCCUGUGGAUUGUAGGAUGUUUGACUACUGGCCUCUAUCCACUAGAGGCCCGUAGCAACACCCUUGAGUAGUGACAGCCAAAAAUGUCCUCACACAUUGCCGAAUGUCCCUUGGUGGGCCACUUGAGAACCGCUGAUCUGUAGGAACUUUUGGCUGCAAACCAGCCAGCAUCUCCCUUGGAUCAGCAAGUUUGGGGCAACUAGAGUCUGAACAGCUGGAAUCUGUGAAUCCUAAAUGAAGUUUUAAAAAUUACUAAUUUUUCCUGUAUUGCAAUAUUCUUAAAAAAAAUAAAUCUUAGGUGAAUAUGGACUGUGUUUUGCCUAUUUCCCACCUCAUCUUGCUCCAACUCUUUGUUCUUCCUUAUAAAGGAGACUUUUGCUGUUCUCGAAACACUUCCCCAUCUCUUAUUUCAUUUGAUCCUCCCCCCCAUCCCAGGAAGGCGACUGGGUGGGACCUGUGUGCUCAGAGAGGUCAAGUUGCUUGUCCAGGGGAACACAGGUGGCCAGUGGAGAGAUGUGGCUGGACCCAGGUCUUCUGAGUCCAGCCUGUGGCUCCAGGUGCCUGCCUUCCUGGCUGAAAGACCCCUGCACCUAGGGUGACCGUCCUGUGUGACACUGAGAUGUUGAGCUUCCCCAGCGAAGGCCCAUCCCUGAGGUCUUUUAAGCUGUCCGCACCGUGGCCUGCUUCUUGCUUUUAGGGCUGGAUGUGAGGAUGGUUUGGUAAUAAGACUCUCACCAAGAUGUGAUGCGUGUAGUUGUUACUUUAUUAUUAGUGUUUUCCUUCUGUGACCUUUCCAAGUCUCAAGCAGUCCGGGGACUUCUGCUGGUUAGUUAUUUGCAAUCACCUGCAGGACACACGUGAGAAAAUAAUCAGGGUCGCUUAGCGGAGCAGAGCUACGUUUCGCAGUUCCCGGCUUUCUCCUUCCGGGCUCCACGCUGCUCCUAUGAACAGAGGCUGCCAGCGAUGCACCGGUUCUCACCUAGGGGCCCUGAUGACCUUUGGGAGAAAAAGAUGUUGUCCCAGCUUUUUGCUGACCUGCUGGGGUCGUCCUGGAAAGAGUGGUCUUAGCCUGGAGUCCUGUUUGGGUUUCAGGGUUGUGGGGAGUGUGAACUCCUAAAAAUUAUGUGCUGACUGUGGGAAUGGGCAUGCUUUUGGAUUUCAUUUGUUUCUCAAAGGAUUUGAGCGCCUCCAAACUGUUAACAAGCACUGCCGUUUGCAAGGCCCAGUUAUGCACUGUGGGUGGGGCUGUCACCUGUGCUCAGAGGCUGUUUAGCAGUAAAUAUGAAACAUUUGAACAUGCCAACUCCGUGAUCCAGGGAUGCUGCUGGAUAUCUAUAGUUCAAAUACUCAGAGCAACGUGUAAGAACGUGUGUCCAAGGAUGUUCACUGCAGCCAGGUGGGGGUGGAAACUAUGGAAUAUGGUUUAGCUGUUAAGAAGAAUGAUGACGAUGUCUGUGCUCACAUGUAAAAUGUGAUAUGGUGUGGAGUGAAAAAACUAAGCUGCAGAAUAGUAGGAAGAGUAAAGUCCUAUUUUUGGUUAUGAGACAGUGUAUACAUAUAUGUACAUAUAUAGGUAUUUUAUAUAUGCACAUAAAUAAAGUCCAGUAGACCACACACUGAGCUGUUAACAGUAAUUAUCUCUGGGGGGUGGAGGUGGAGAUGUAAAACGAGGGGGGACUUCUACACUUUUAAUUGACACACUCAUCUAUUCCUUUAAUAUUUUUACAAAGAGUAUGUAUUACCUUCUAAAAUAAAAAUAAAGCUGGCGAAUGCUGAA